AUGCUGUAUGGUGGCAUUCCAACCGUUGAACCGACAUCGUUGGUAAAAAUUGAACCAUCCGUCCAUGCCUUCUCCAGGUUUUCCGGCAAAGCGAGGGCCGCUCGUGAAGAACGUCACGGGCCCGUUUUCAUCCGAGCGCCCCCUGGCCGAGUGGAGUUCCUCAACUCGUCCCAGACUGUGGUGCCGUGCGACGUGCAAGGCGUGCCUCGGCCCGACGUCUGGUGGUGGCGCGUCGGCUCCCAGGGACCCGCACCGGACAUUCCGGGCCUGCGUCACGUGCGUGUGCAGGAUGGCGCGCUGGUCUUCUCACCCUUCCGCGCCGAGGACUUUCGCCAGGACAUCCACGCCGCUGUGUACCGAUGCGGCGCGCGGAACAGCGUCGGCUCUAUCGUCAGUGGUGACGUCCAUGUCAGGGCGGCCGUGAACCAGGAGUUCGACGUGCAAGUGUACGACGAGUUCGUCAUCAAGGGCAACACAGGGGUGCUGCGCUGUCAGAUACCGAGCUACGUCAAGGAGUACGUCACCGUAACGUCGUGGGUGCGGGACGAUGGCCUCGUCGUUCACGCCGACUCUGAUUCCGGUGGUCGCUUCACGGUGUUCUCAUCCGGGGAGCUGCACGUCCGCAAGGUGGACCCGACCUCGGACAGCCACCGCAAAUACUACUGCCAAGCCAAGCACAGGCUCACCGGAAAGCUCUUCCGGAGCACAACGGUUGCCAGGCUUAUUAUCAUCGACACGCACGUGAACACGGCGCCGAGGCUGACCGACCGGCGCCCCGUAGUGCGGGCGCGGCAAGGCGAGAACGUGAAGAUCCCGUGCGCGGCUCAGGGCUACCCUGUGCCCUCCUAUUCCUGGCAUCGCGUCGAAGGGGGGUGGCAGGUGGCCCUGGACUCGCCGGCGGGCCGUGUGUCGCAGUCCGACGGCACGUUGCUCUUCAGGCGCGCCCAGGUGUCGGACGGCGGCAAGUACGUCUGCGUCGUCAACAACUCCAUCGGCCAGGAUCGCAUGGAGACGCAACUGGUUGUCACCGCCCCGCUGACCGCCACGGUUCGCCCCCGGCGCACUCUGGCCACCGAAGGUGCGCCGGCCACCCUCAACUGCACCACCACGGGCCACCCAGUGUCAUCGGUGGUGUGGCUUAAGAAUGGACAGCCGGUGUCGUCUCGUGUCAAGAUGCUCACGCGAGAGACACUGCACAUUCCCAAUGUGCUACGCGACGACAAGGGCAUGUACCAGUGCUUCGCUCUUAACGACUACGACUGGGCUCAGGACACUGCCGAAAUCACGCUAGGUGAUGAUCCCCCAGUGCUGACCCAUCGGUUCGCCGAGCAAACAGUGGACCCUGGAGUCCCAGUGUCACUCAAGUGCACUGCUACUGGUGCGCCGCUUCCACAGAUCACGUGGACACUGGAUGGAGAAGCCGUGGCAGAGACCAUGCGGCUACGGAUAGGGGACUUCGUAACCAACGACGGCCAGGUGAACAGCUUCGUGAACCUGACUGCGGCGACAACCGAAGACGGCGGCCGCUACCAAUGCCACGCAAGCAACGACGCCGAAACGGUGUCGCAUGGUGCGAGGCUGAACGUGAGAGGGCCACCUCUGGUGCGAGCCAUGCGCAACGUGUCUGUGCUGGCCGGCCGCACAUUGAUGGUCCACUGCCCAGCCGCUGGUUACCCGCUCAGCCAGAUCCUCUGGUACAAAGGGGACGCCCGGCUGCCGCAGAGCAAGCGCCAGAGCGUGUUCCGGAACGGCACGCUCUCUGUUCAUCGGGUGGAGAGAAGCGGAGACGAAGGCGGCUACCGGUGCGUGGCCACGGGCCCCUCGGGGAAGUCUGCCUCGAGGGAUCUCUACGUCAGCGUCAUGGUGGCUCCCGUGGUGGGUCCGUUCUCGUUCCCCGCCAACUUGAAGGAAGGAAUGCGCGCCAUCGUCACCUGCUCGGUGCUGGAAGGGGACAGCCCCGUCCGCAUCCGCUGGCUCCGGGACGGAGCUCCCCUCGCACCCGACGGCAGAGACGUCAAGGUCGAAUCCAGCAACGAGUUCUCCUCGACGCUCUUUAUCAAAGAGGUGAGCUACAAUCACCGGGGUGAAUACACGUGCGUCGCGUCCAACUCUGCGGCGUCUGCAAACUUCUCCUCCACGAUGGUCGUGAACGUGCCACCGCGGUGGAAAGUUGCUCCGAAAGAAAAAGCUGCAGUGGUCAGUGAAAACGUGGUCAUCGACUGCCAAGCAGAAGGGUCCCCUGCUCCACGGAUCUGGUGGGAGAAGUCGUCAGCUUCACGACCGUCCGAGUACAAAGUGAUCAUCAGCAACUCUCACAUACACGCUCUGGAAAACGGCUCGCUCAUGGUGCGUGAAGCUGAGCGCAACGACAGUGGGUUCUACCUAUGCCAGGCCAGCAAUGGCGUAGGAUCCGGAAUAAGUAAAGUCAUCGACCUCAAAGUCCAUGUGCCCGCCCGCUUUAAAAGCGCCUUCAACUCGAAGACUCUGCAGAAAGGCAACACGGCCCAUAUCAAAUGCGAAGUUUUUGGCGAAAAGCCCCUGGCUAUUGCCUGGAGCAAGAAUGGCCAACCUCUUGCACAAAAACAUGAUCAGAGAUACGACAUAAAAACCAGUGAAGCAGAAGAAAGCCUUACAUCGCAGCUUGAGAUACAAGCCGUCGACAGAAGAGACUCAGCGCUGUUUGCCUGUCUCGGGAGCAACAAACAUGGCCAAGAUGAAACCCGGACGCAGUUGAUUAUACAGGAAACUCCUGGCGCACCGUUCAAUGUGCGAACUUCAGAUGUCACCAGCCGAUCGAUGGUGGUCGCAUGGGACCAACCGUAUAUUGGAAACAGCCACAUCACAUCGUACAGGGUGCAGAGCAAGACGUCAGGCAUGAAAUGGAGUGGCGAUAUCCGAGAGAACAAGGUGCAAGGAACCGUCACAACACUGACGCUCAGAGAGCUGCGGCCUACUACGGCAUACAUCAUUCGAAUCCAAGCUGAAAAUUCUUUGGGGGCUGGUGAUUACAGUCAAGAAGUACAGGUGACGACCGACGAAGAAGCACCAGAAGGCCCUCCACUAAACGUCCAGGCAACCCCAGUUUCCUCAACUACUCUCAAGGUGACAUGGCAGCCACCGAAAAAGGAGUACCAAAAUGGCCUCCUCAAAGGGUACUACGUGGGCUACAAGAAACAUGGGUCGUCGGAUACCUAUGUCUACAAGACUGUCGACACAACAGGGAGUGUGAAAGAGGAGGCUCUGCUCACAUCACUGCAACGCUCCACAAAGUACACGGUGCUGGUACAAGCAUUCAACGAAAAAGGGACUGGUCCACCAUGCGAAGAAAUACAUCUUGAGACCUUUGAGAAUGAUCCACCACCUCCACCAUCGAUGAGUGUCUUCAGCACCAGUUCUUCUUCAAUCCAGUUGCAGUGGAACUCGAACACAAAUGAUGAACCAACUAUAAUGGGUUACUACAUCUACAUCAAGGUGCAACAUGGCACGUGGGAGGAACAUCAGGUUCCUGCUCACCAGACGACACACACCUUUCAAGAUCUUCUUUGUGGAACAAAUUACCAGUUUUAUGUGGCAUCAUUCAACAAGAUGGGCAAGAGUGACCCCAGUGAAGUUAUGUCGGCAAAGACUCAGGGAGGACCACCAGUGGCACCCAAGCGGGAUGCCGUGCUCAGUGUGAAUGGUGCGACGCUAACAGUGCACCUGAGCAGCUGGAGUGCAGCGGGCUGCCCCAUCCAGUCUUUCACAGUGCAGUACCGGGUGCAGGAUGUGGGCGAGGAGGACUGGGUGCUCGUGUCUGACUCAAUUCCAGCCGAGCAAAAAGUGCUUGUGGUGCCUGACCUCGUGCCCGGGAAGUGGUACAUUCUACGUUUGGCGAGCCACAGCGAGGCGGGAACAACCGAACAUGACUAUACCUUCAGCACUUUCACCAGAACUGGAGCUAGCAUUCCUCCCUUGAACAGCCUGGAGGGACGGAAACCAGCAUUUUACAAGAGUGUCAGCAUCAUGGUGCCACUCUUGUGUGUCUUGGCUGUCAUUGUACUCAUCGUGGCUGUACUGGCAUUCAUCAUACCACGGAGACGAAGACAGGCAGUGCCUAACCAUUUCAUUGAUGCGUGCUCUGAAGACAAGAACCUGGAGGCAAUGAGCCUGUCCAUCCUGAAGCAGACCGGGAGCAGCCUGGAGAGUGCCAGCCCCAAUAAGGAGCAGCUCUACUAUCCCUCACCCUACGCCAUGGGUCAGGUGCAGGCACUCGGAAAGCAAGGGGGUGGCUGUACAGACGGGGAGGCAGCAGCAGCUCAGACGCUCAAGAGAACGAGGCGGGAGCACAUCUACGAAGUACCUUACCCAAGAUGGCAGACUGAAGAAGACAACUACUCACAUAUGAGAGAUGGCACCCCAGCUCCUGUGUCCAACAUUUAUCAGACCCCUCGGAAAGCAGGCUUGGCAGCUAGGACGAAUUCAGACUCUGCUGCACAACUAGCCAUGGAGGAACAGCGCCUGUCCAGAGAAAGCAGAAACCAUAGAUUGGGUUUCAAGUCAUCUAGCCUAGCCUCUGACAAUCAUUCUGCUGCGGAUGACAGUGACAGUGAGGGAGCAGCGUACACAUUUCGCCUGACAACCAAUGGAAGUUACGGUGAUCAUCAAGAGAUGUCAGAGGCAGAGUGUGACAGGGAUCAGCACACGAGAGCCAAACACCUGGAAGCAUUGGGUAUUCAUGUCACUCCAGGCUAUGGCAUAACCUGAGACCUACUACAUUCGGAAGAUCUAAAAGAAGUGAGGGAGACGUGUGUGUGAAUCGCUUCAUCUCUCGUGGGUCGUCCUCACAAGACUGCACAGUAACUACGCACUGCGCAAACUCUGCUGCAACCAUUGUGUGUUGGUGACAGUUGCGUCUUGCUCAUCAGCAUUCCUGAAGCACCUAAUUUCAAGACUGCCAGGUGUGCUCUCAAGCUCGGGCGCGAGGACCUAAAGUGCUCUAAAUGGAAGCCUGCAUAUCGUGCCUCAGUGUGAUGAGACAGUGCUGCAUUUUUGUAUGUGAUUGAGGGAAAGAGAGUCUUUUCUCUUGUCAUGGGAAACUA